AGCAGUGGUCAGCAGAUAACUUCAGACGUAUUGUAAUCAUCACAACUCAUCUCGUACGAACUGCUCCAUUCGAAUCAUCCCUGACGGAACGAGAAAUUAAUCCAUACAUCAUUUUAUCGAUGCUAUGAGUUGGAGAGAUAACUUUCAUCUACAUCUGAAGACUGAUUCUACCCAAAUUAUGUGGAGAAAGUCCUUGGGACGCCAUUAGUUGAAUCAUGUUUACAUGAUUUUUUUAGAGGUUAAAACGUCUAGGUUACGUUGAUUACAUCGAAUCGGAAGAUUACUGAUAAGAGUUAGGCAGAAUGGAUAGGGCCAAGUCAGGAAUUACCCGAGGGCCCAAGAGCAAAAUAGCUCAUCAUCCUCCGGAUUUGUUCGCCCUUGGCUCUAAGACGCCUAGAAACGAGACUUUGGAGUCCAAGAGGCCAGGGAGCAUUUAUGGGAAAGCUGGCUCCUCAUCAGCUUCAAAUUCAGGUUCAGACAGGAAGAAAGAGCCCCCAACUCCCCUGCAGUCCCUCAUUCCCCCCAAAAAACCAAAGCUGAGCACCCAUGCUGCCCACCCACGUCCCCCAAUGUCCAGUGCAGAAGCCUGGGAGGUGGUGGCCAUCGACUGCGAUCCAGCAGAUUUGGUCCCAAUGGUUCUGGAAGCCAGUGACAACGACGAAGGAGACAAGGUCAUAGGCCUCAUCUGCGGAGCCAUAAAAACUCUGAAGAACCAGCGCGGAAAGCCAGACUCUCUCCUGUACAUGGGUCUCAUGUACCUCGCCAAACUCCGUCCCUCCAUCUUCUCCAACGACUGUAUCCUCCACGCCCUAUCUUCCCUCCUCAAGCGAGAUCAGUCCCAUAACUUCGCCAAGAACAAGGGUAAUCCCCUAGUACCAGUGCUGGCAGCGAAUCUCCUGAUGAGGGGCUAUCACGAGAAGAAGAACUGGCCAGAAAUAUUCAUAAAACUUUACAUCGAUGACGCCCUUGGCGAACGAGCCUGGAUCGAUCACGAGGAGUGCAAGGGUUUUGUGGACAAUAUACUCUCUGGUUUCAACACGAGGCAUCCCCCGAAGAGUGCUCUGCAGCACGAACUGUCAGUACUAGCUCCUCGUGACUGUCACAGCCCAUCGACUCUGGAAGACGACGAUUCUGGGACUUCCUUGAUUCAACUGACUGGAGACAAGGAUAAAUCAGAGUUCACGGUAAGUCCUAGGUACUCCCACUGCAUGGAGAGUGUGGAGAACAUCGUCUUGGAAGCAGUGAAGGAACAGUUGAAUCGACGCCAACAGCAGGCAGAAUCGAUAACGAAGAAUUUCUUGAAGCUUCUAUCGUCGGCCUGUGGCUUCGUGGAGAUACGAAAUAUUUCGGUACCGAGGUUGGAGAUGUGGCUGCACAAUCCAAAGCUGAUGAAACCAGCUCAAGAGCUAUUGAUCUACAUCUGCUACAACUCCACAACGCACACUCAACGUGACAUCGAGGUGAUCAGUCAGUUGGUGAAGAUGAGACUGAAGACAAAAGCUGUGAUCAGUCUCUAUUUGAAUGGAGUGAAGGAGCUGAUAGGUUUGCACCCGGAGAAUCUAUCGACGAUCUUGAAGCACACGAUCUACAACGAGUUGUCCAAUGCCAGGAACCCCAACAACAUGCCCAUGCUCGGGGUGAUGUUUCAGGCAGCACCAGAGGCCUCAGCGAAGCUGUUGGCUGAGAUCUUCCAGGAUUUACUGAUGAACAGAGAGGACUUCCUACGACCAUUACGAGCUUUAUUCAGAGAAAUAGUUCGUGUUUGUCGCCAUGACAUCAACCUCAUCACCCUCGCACGUACCCUGAUGGCAGAACGAGCCCAGAUAUCCCAGCAACUUGUCGCCUUCGAGUUCAAGGAGCGAAUGUUUAUGUCGAUAAUUGAUCUUCUGUGUCUCUGCAUGUUCCUGGGGAUCAGUCCCCAGGUGAAAGAAGCGACACUUCUGUCUCAACGUGGAGACAAAAAAGACGCUAGCUUGCUCCAUCAGUUCCAGACCCUUGUCUCCACGAUCCAAUACGAGACGACUUCCUGGCUUCAAGCAGCAGCGCAACAGACAUACGGAGUCGGCAGGAAUGAGAUUCUCCACGCGAUUCAGAAGGUCAUGCUUCUUGAGUCAUUGGAUCAGUACUACAAGCUCGAUAAUUGGCCCCCGGAGACCGAGCGAGUUUUGUUCAUGAGAAUUGUGUCCGAUGUGCCCCUUCUCCAGAGCACGUUAGUGAGAAUCAUCCUCAUGGGUUUUACAAAGGAGAACGGUCUGACGCACUUAGAGGUGCUUGACAUUGCUGAUCAGUUGAUAAAACGUGCUGCUGCCAACUCCACUGAGACUUUCCCAACUCUGGAGAUCGAAAAAAUGGAAAUUAUCGAGUUGAUCUUCAAUCUGUGUAUCUACCAGCCCCCAGGAUCUAUAAACAUUCCCUCGGGGUAUGUUCCCCCGAACCUGGCGAUCUCCAAUUUAUACUGGAAGGGUUGGAUAAUGCUGCUGAUUCUGGCUGCCCACAAUCCCUCGACCAUCGGUGCAGUUGGUUGGAAACGCUACCCUAUCUGGAGGACUCUGAUGGAAAUGUGUAUAACAAAUCACUUUCAGUAUCCCCCACCGACAAUGGCUCUCCCAGAAGUGAUAGAGCAGGAGCGAGCGAAGGAAUUGCAGAUUGAGACCCUCGAAAAGCAGGAAAUACUGGAGUAUGAGUCUCACCUGGCAGCUGCCUCCACGAGAGUCCAGAUAUCAGAGACAAAUAGUCUCUUGUUGUCUCAGUUGAUUACUAUGGAUCCCACUGGGAUAGCCAGACGGCCUCCACCAGCUGUUCUAGAGCAAUUGCAGUCUGUGAAUAUUUCGUUGAGGCUGGGUCACCUGCUGUGUCGAUCUAGAAAGCCAGAUUUUCUCCUGGACAUCAUUCAACGUCAACAGCAGAGCUCCUCCCAGAGCAUGCCAUGGCUGGCUGAUCUAGUUCAAAACAGUGAGGGCUCACUGAGUCAACUUCCGGUGCAGUGUCUCUGUGAAUUUCUUCUCUCGACUACAGCUCAGGCUGUCGACAAGCAGCCCAGGCAGCAACAGCUGCUCACACAUCUCCAGAAGCUACUGACCGAUCCCAAUGAGGAUCAGCAACAUGCCUGUGAGGUACUCGAGUAUUUCCUGAGGAGAUUGAGCAGUCAACAGAGCAACAACCGCCUUCAGGCGAUCACUGGACUGAAGCUAGUCCUGGAAUCAAUUCCACUGGAGGACGAGGGCAUGGAGGUGGACGGGGAAGCUGAGAAGGAAGUCUGGCUGCUGCGAAAGCUCCCAUCAAUACCCCAUUUUCCAGCUGUGAGACCACUCGUGUCGACGGCGUUGAGAGGCGCCUGUCAGGUUGAAAAUAAUCCAGAACUCGUUCGUGCCUACGUGGCUUAUCUUGCUGAACAUACCCAGGAUGACGAUCUCCCUGAGCUGACUGAUCUCGCCAAUGAAAUUUCUCAGGUCGUGGUUGAGAGGAGCACAAUCACAGCGGCCAUUCUCCCAGAGCCUGAUAACGAGUCUCCCCAGUCUCGGCAGACCCUCCAGGCCUUUAAAUCCAUAUUCUGUAAUUAUCUGGAAAAGGCGAGAUCACCUCGUGGGGAGGGCUAUACCUGGUCCCAGAGUCAGGAUCAGAUUCUUGUUCAAUGGAACACUGGGGAGGAGUGCACGAUGCACAUUCUCGUGGUUCAUGCCAUGAUAAUUCUCCUCACGUACGACGUAAUCGACGAGUCAGGAUUAUCAAAUGAUCUCCUAGAGAUCUGGUUCCCGGAGAGUGGGGAGCCUCCAAAGGCUUUCCUCGUUGACACCAGUGAGGAAGCUCUCCUGAUACCAGACUGGCUGAAACUCAGAAUGAUAAGGAGUAAUGUCCCCAGAUUGGUGGACGCAGCACUGAAGGACCUAGAGCCCCAGCAGCUGGUGCUCUUCAUCCAGAGCUUUGGUAUACCCGUCACCUCGAUGAGCAAACUACUGCAUACCCUGGACGUGGCUGUCCAGCUGGAUCGUGACUCGGUUAAGGAAGCAGUACUCGAUAAAACGUAUAUGGCGCAGUUGGUGAAGGUCCAGCAUCGAAGGGGAGCCACUGGGGGUCUGGUGUUCGUCCAGGUGCUCCAGCUGUUGGAGCCCCAGCUGCCGGAUGAGCCGGGAGUCAAGACAGAGAACCUCCAGGAGCCACUGCCCCAGAGUGCAAUGGUCAAGAAACAAUCGGUUAUUCAAUGUCCAAUUAAAACUGAUGUGCCACAUCUGAUCAAUAAACUCUUCAUCGAGAACAUCCCGAUGAACCAGAAGACCGAGGCCUAUCGAAGACUCCAUAAGACCCUCGCGAAGGAUCUCCAGAAGUCCCCGAAGGAGAGUGGAGCUAUUGUUCUCGCUAUUCAGCACAUCUGCAGUGUUCUGAGUUCAAUGCAAGUAAAGCAGUUCCUGGCGUCCUUGGUCCACAUGCCCCAGUACUCUUGCACACUCAUGAGGAUGAUCCUCCUGCCACUGAAGAAAUCCACCACGUCUCAGCACGUUGCCGAGCUCGGUCGCAGCAUGUGCAUCAAUUUAAUUUCCCUGAUCGGUGACAUCCAGGCCCCAAUCCUGUACAUUCUGCGAGAUUUUGCGAAUGUUCAUAUGAAAGAAAUUCCGAAGAAGAAGGAGCUGAUGAUUUACACGAAGAACCGAGACCCUGGGAGUAUUCUGGAAAAUACAGAUCCCCUAAAUUUGGAGAGCGUAGGGAGAAUUCUCCUCGAUAUUUGUCUGAAAGAACAGAGAAACGAUCUCCUCGUAGAGGCAAUGGCUAGACUCCUAGUGAACGACAACAACGAGGGCUCUGUGACACCUAGGACAGGCCUGCUGAUUGACUGGCUCGCGUCUGUGGAACCAGAGCUCAUCGGCAUUUGUCCAACUCUCCAGAUGAAACUGCUCUUUGGAAAGACCAGAGUUCACCUAAAGAUCGACGAGAGCGUCGUCAACUCUCACGCCUGCAGGCCCUAUCUCCUGUCUCUCCUGACCCACAGAGCCUCCUGGGCGACACUGCAGAAGUGCGUGGGUCAUUUGCUGGAUAAGUGUGAUGAUGGAUAUGAUCCAACGGCUGUUCUAGACUUCCUCUGGGCAUUGACAUGCAAUCCAAAGCUGUGGCAGGGUCGGGAUAAAUUCACUCCUAAUCACCUCAUCCCCGAGAACAUUCUUCUCGUCAAUGAGAAGCAAUUGCUGACUCUCGUAGCUUACAUUGUCGCUGAGGCGGUGAUAAUCCAUGACAGGCAGAGCAGAAGUGCAGCAUUGACUCAGAUGGAGACCAGGAUCAAUCUGCUCCAGCAUUGUCUGACGAUGGAGGAGAAAUUCACGAGGAGUGUCGUCAAUUGUCUGGCUUACAGAAUGAUGUAUGACAGCAAUCCAACCGAGGCAGACAUGUCCCAUCAGUUUCUCCUCCACAUAUACAUGAAGAUACCGAAGAUCAUCAGCUACUUGAAUCCAUCCCAAACGAAGAAGUUCGUGGCUGGAGCUGAUAUCAAGGACUGGACUGGCUCGAUGCUGGAUACGAUGAGCCACUGUAUAUUGACAGCCCUCGCUGCCACACCGAGACAGAAAUCCUGGACACCAAGGUCCCUGGAGUUUGAACUAUGCGCUAGGAAAAUGGCAGCUGUUCAUCCACUUCUCGUUCUUCGACAGCUGCCCAUGAUGGGGUCGUCGCUGAUGGGCAGGUGUCACGUGGACUACAACGAAUUCAGGGCCGCUCAUCAUCUGAAUCUAUUUGUGCAGAUUAUGGGACUGCUAGAGCUCCUCCAGCCUUAUCUGUUCAACGAGCAACACAGAGACGCCCUGGAAGACACUCUCCAGCACUACUUCCAGUGCUUCCAGAAUUACGGCCCUCACAAGGAUCGUCACUUGCUGACACCCCUCUUGAACAGACUGGUUGCACUCCUGCAGAAUUACAUCUCUCAUGGGGCCCAGAGGGCCCUGAAGUACCUCCACAAGCAUAUUCACACGCUGAGGGAACUCCAGGGGUACUUUCCAGGACUUACAAGCCUCAGGUCCCUGAUAGCUUCGAUACCAGGACCUCGGGAGGGGAACAAUGGGGAGGAGAUAUUCAUCACUGGUCCUCCAACGACUAGAGCUGAACCCAAUUAUCCCGAUCAUUAUCCAGGACUCAUUAACACACUCGCCAAGAUUCAGGGGGAGGAUGUGUUCACCGCUCUUCAGGAGAUCGAGCACACGUCUUCGAAGAAACCGUCGAUCCUGGAGUUUUUCACUGACAGCCUGACGGAACUCCUCGUGUCACCACAGGGAAAUAUCAGGACACUGGCUUACACGCUGAUCAUGAGAGCCUUAAAACAUCGACCUGCUGCCAAUCUCAAUGUUCUCUCCGCCUUUCAGAGGUGCCUCGACAGCCCCAGGUCCGAUGUACUCAUGUCCGCACUUGAUAGACUACCCGAUAUGGUCCUCUGUAUGCAGGAACAUGCAUUGCCACUCCUGCAGAAGGUGUUCGAGCUGGGGGUAAACUCCAAUGUCAACACGAUUCCCCAUCUUAAUAAAACCAUCACCUUAUUGAACACCCAGCAAGGCUGCUGAGGGUGGAGACUGAUUCAGGGGAAAUUGGGCUGUUGCAGGAUUUUUUUCUGCAAGUUCCCAAUUUCGAGAGGGGGAGUUAAAGAUGAGGGUUUUAUAUAUAUCUGUGUUGGAAAUUGAUCUUUAUUCAAUAUAUAUAUAUAUAUAUAUGUACAGACAGUGAGUUUCUCUGACAGAAACUUAAAUUAUAAAUACAAUUUUUUAAUUUAAAAUUA